ACUCUUCUUUCCCCUCCCUCAUCCUCCGCUGCCGCUCCCGUCUGCGCGGUGCCGCAGAGGGGUCUCCGGAUGCUUCUCCCUGGUCCUCCUCAUUUUCCUGGGCAAGAGGCUUUCCCUCCAAAGCUUCAUGCAGGAGGCUUCAUGUUGGCAUCCAGGGUACAUGUCCCAAAUAUGUCCAGCCUCACUUUCUGAUCCUAGUGGCAAGGAGCCACAGACAGAUGACAGUAGCUAUCCUCCUUCCAUUCUGAGGAAAAGGCCACCUGUGGACCAAGCUGUGGGGGAAAAGCGGAGAGCAGAGAGAAGGGUUCGAUUUCGUGAGCCAGAAGAAGUCAUUGAACAUGUCAUUUCCUGCUGUGACUACGUUGUGGCAGAUGACAGGACAUCAUCUGGAUUGCCUGUGCUCCUGUGGCUCUCGUUUUGUGCAGUGCUGAUUCUUGCUGUGAGCCUCUACUACACCAGCAUGAAGCAGGAUGUCAAAGUCCUGGAGGAAUUUCAAUCCCGACUUGUCAUCUUCUUCCUUCAUAUAAGACACGUUGCUCAGAGGUGCUGGACUUGGUUUAUGAGGCAGUAGCAGCGUCCUUCAGCCUGACACUGCUAAGAAACUUCAGUGCAAAGCUCCCAGCACACAGCAGCCACAUGCAAGGAACACAUGAGCAUCCACCCCAAAGAGCAAGAAAAUCACCCUGCUGUGCACCAUCUGGCAAACACUUGUUCUCCUUUUUCCUUCUUUGUUGUUUGGGGUUUUCUUUCACAUCAGUGAACAUUCAAACUAAUGCCUCCUCAAGUCUCCUAAGAAUUAUUUUGCAAAAGUUAAAAUAAAGCUGAGCUGUUGCAGACACUGCUCUGGUGGUCAAAGGCUUGGCAAGCUGCUAUAUUUAUAUACCUGAAAUGAUUAUUAGUAAAAUCCCAGCUAACAGCUUUCUUGUUUCCCUUCAUGCUUUGUUUUUCCUCCAUGAGCAAAAGCUGGUUCUUAAUGCUUCACUUGACUCCCAGCUGUGAAAAAGAACACGGAAACUCAUUUAAAGAGAAAAUAGUUUAUUUGCCUAACAUAACAAAUAGCAGCACUGGAACCCAGGUUAAUCAUCAAAUCAGUAGUUUAAUCCUCUGGGUUUGAUUCUGUCCAUCAACCCCACAGGCUGACACACAAGAUUUAUGACAGUGCUUGUAUUCAGACAGAGGUUAUGCCUUCGUGUUCAAGGCCCUAUAUCAUGGCAACAUGGAUUGCUUAUGAAGGUGUUGGAUGCAUAGUUCCUUUAUCACUCCAUUGUCCCACCAUACUAUGAAUUUCUCUGAAAGAAAUCCUUUCAAUGGAGAUCAUGUGAAAUGGUGCUCUUGGGUAUCUGAGAGGAGAACAAAUGACUGCAAGUUCGUGAGCUUCAAAGAACCGACACAACCAGAUUUUUAGACCUUAGAUUCUGCUCAGGUAGCACCUGAUAUGUGCUUUGGUUAUUUUUUAUGGUAAGAUUGACAUCAGAACCUCUAAGAGCUGAAGUAAAAGGGAAAAAUAGGGGGGAAAAAAACCACUCCAAAGAUGAUGUCUGCAAGACCUUGGCCUAUAUUCCCCUUGCCACUGCAACAAUCAAAAAGAAAAUAUGGUGCUUUAUUUUUAGUUAUUUUUUCAAAAGAGGGCCAUACAUCUGCCCUUCUCCCAAGGAGCCCAAGAACUUUUACCAGGAGAGGAUAAACAGAAACACCACAGACAGCCUUUUCUUAGGAGAAGAGGGGUCAGCAGCUUGACUGAGAACAAGGCAGAAAAAUUGCAGCCCAAAACAGAAAGUGCCUUCAGUGGCUCAUGCCCCUCUUAGGCUGUCAAAGCCGCAGGGGUGGCACGGGGCAGGAGCUGCGUGGGGAGCAGAGGUUGCUCAGGGCUGGGAAGCAGAGGGUGCUGCAGGAGCUGUGUUUGGCACAGGGGCUGUGUGCAGAUCACUCAGGUACCCCAGCUCAGAGGGUAAGUCCCACCACUGCUUGCCUCCCCUCUCCACUGUCUCAGCCCUGCUGUUUAGGUAAUAAAGAAGAAAGGUUUUAAACAUGUGUGCUGGUGAAUCUCUGGGGAAAACAUUUAGAUUGGUACAUGGAGCUAGGGGGUCAUUUCGACUUCUGUUUGCAUUUUUUAAUGUUAGUGGAGUUUUUAAUGUCCAGGUUGAACUCUGGCAAAUCAGUGGUGUUUCUUUUUGGCUCUGGGCUGACUCCUCUUAGGACUGUGAGGGAAAAUGUGGAGGUGGUGUGAAGACCAUAUGUGUGCUCACCUUCCUGCACAGCUCCCCAGGAGAUGGAUAGAGGACCACCUUUCCACUGAGCCUGCUUCAAAUGGAAAAUGUCCACGUUCCUUUUCUUGGACCCAAUUUAUUAGUGUGAGAACUGCUAUCACAUCUGGGCUGUCAGGGAUAUUUAGCAGAGGAACAGCUAUUUUUGGCUUUUGUGUUGGCUCUGUUUGGGACUGUUUUGGGCAUGGGAAAAGGCAGCACUUUAGUUAUCUUGAGAUCACUGUUGAGGUCUCACCAUGGCUUUACAAGGUCUCCCAGGUCAGGAUUGUUUACAGUGGUCAGUCAGAUACUUGGCAGGCAGCAGAAAGACAAAUUAAAUUUGCCUCAAAGCCAGAAGGUUUGAAAUAAAUAAAAGUUAAAACUGGCAGAGCAGUGGCAUCUUGUAGGUGAAGGAGCUGAAGCUAAGAAAGCCAUUGCAUGUGGGAGUGAAUAAUGUAGGUCAAUAACAUGACUGGGAAUAGGAGAAAAAUUUCCAUCUCCUGGGCUUACAAUUUUUUACUGCUGCACAACUUCACUGUGGACUUACCUCUUUUAUUUCCUUCUCACACUGAAGAUCCUUUUCCAUUCAUCCAACCUUAAACACAAGCAAGCCCUUUUCCCUCUCUGCCCCUUCAUUCUUCAGCUAUCAUAGCUUUAUCUUCACCACUGUGAGCUGGAUGUGAUUUCUCCUUAUUCUUGUUGAGUAAUGUUUUUUCUGGGUGUGACACCUGUAUGAGUCUGGAUCUCUAAAGUUACAUAAAAUCUUCUGUGUUGGGUAAUAAUCCCCUUGCUGGUCAUGUUGGGUAAUAUUUGCCUUCAGUACAACUCCUGAGAAUUUCUCAAUAGAGGUAAAAAGGAGAAAGAGUACAUAAUUUAUUGCAAACAGUGGAGAUGCUCACCUGAAUUCACACUGGAGCCAGCUUGGUGACUUGUUUCAGAAGUCAAAAGUCCUGCAGCCAACCAUCUCUGGGCAAUUGUACAAUGAAGCUUGGAAAUAGCUGUGUUUUAGAUAUAAAGGACUGGAAGAGGGAGUGAUGUAGGACAGGACCCUUGGUGCAGUUUUUGAAGCAGCCAGUGGGUAGGAGGCAUUCCCAGGAGCAGUGUCUGGGGUGGCAGGAGACAAAGGGUCAGGGGAGAGUAGCAGGUCUGUGCAUGACAAUGGACUAAUAGCUAAGGGUGGAAGCGCUGCUUAAAUUCCCUUAUGCACUGAGUAUGUAACUAACACACAACAGAAAUAAGCAGACCACAAAAGAAGGGUAAGUGUUGUUUUGACAGUGUUCAGCACAUUCCUGCAGUGUGAACUGCUGGAGGGCAGCUGCCAACACCCUCUUCAGGCACAUCAGCAGCACCUGAUUGCAGCAGCAGGCAAAUCCAUACCCAUAUGAUUAGAGGAGAUAGAAAAAGACACAGAGAGAUGACACUGGAUGGUUUUGCAUUAACCUUUUGAUGCACUCAGCAUUAGCACCAGUAAAAGGCAGUCCCAAAGCCUGCCUUGGGUCCCCCUCCUUCCCUUCAUCUCUCCAACCCUGAUAGUCUGGAAAUGAGCCCAUAGCAGCAAUUGUAAUUGUCAUUUCUGCCUUUUGCCACUCAGAAGCAAGCAGAAGAACUGGCAGCUUGUGACUAUAAAAGGGGUGUUACCAGCUGCCCUCAAGGACCAACUCAGGAACCUAUAAGAUAAUAAAUAGUGUGGACUAGUUUCUUAUUAAUUCCUUGCUCCAAGAUAGCUGUUGGGAACCUUUAAGCCCACCUCUGAAGAGAAAGACUGAUGCUACAUGACAAAAAUCAACCAGCUGGCAUUUAGAAAAUUAGCCUGUCCGUGCAGCCUGUGGUGUCCCCUUACAUUUGGUAACAAACUGCCUUUUAGCUGCAUUUUGACACAGGACCAUUUUCUCCUUGUCUCCAAUGGCAUUAGGCUGAGCUGCUGGAAGAAGAUACCAAAAGGGGAUCAGGCAGCUGAGGAUGGUUGAUGUUAACUAUACAAGUUGUGGCAUGGAGAGGCUGGGGAAUGAGUACAAAGACUCUACCACUGACUCUGAGAACACUUUUUCUAUCUUACAUUGUAACAAUUUAAACUCACCUUCAAAGAACAGACACAGAAAUAUGGACUUUUCAAAUAAUUUAUUUUUAUAUUUCACCAAAUCAUAAAAAGCCGAUGCACUGUUCAGCAAAAAGCAUCAAUAUAUAAAACACAGUAACUCAUUAUCAGUAAUGCUGGAGUGUACCACGUACACUGAACCCAGCCCAGCUCCUACUAAAGCCAGAGGAAACUCAGUGACUCCACUAGCAGAAGGAUUGGACUCAGCAUUUUUUCUUUGCUGGGUGUUUUACAAAGGGUUGUAUUAAAAUGCUAGUAAAAAGCUUCCCUUUUGAGACUGUAUCAAAACAAUAAUAAACCUCAUUCUCUUUCUGGUUUUGUCAAACACAUGCAAUUAAAGCUCAAAAUUAGCAGUCAUUACACUGCAAAAGACCAUACAAAUCAACAGAGAUAAUAUUCAAAAGAGGCCAGGCUCUACCCUUGUGUGGACUGGUGUGGUUGCUCACAGGAUAAUCUAUGUACACUGGUGAGGGAUCUGCUCCUUCACUGCUUUCAGUGGUUAAACAAA